CCUACAGGACGCGAGGAGGAUGGAGUACAACAAGCUGAACCAGACUAUGCGGCCGACUUGCUGGAACGUCUUCUGGCUCGCACACAAAAACGCGACGAUGUGGCAGGAAGCGACCCUAUUAAGAGAUGGAGGUCGUGCAUCCGCCGUGGGGGAAUGUGCGACCACCGCCCCAAUGACUGCUGCUACAACUCCUCCUGCCGCUGCAACCUGUGGGGCACCAACUGCAGGUGCCAGCGUAUGGGGAUCUUCCAGCAGUGGGGGAAAUAAAUCUUCACCGCCAUUUGUAUCUGCCCAAGGUGACGUCGGGGACCUCACCGCACCUCGACUUCCCCUACUGUCGCGACUGUCUUCCUCCUUCUUGCAGCAGCGUCCCUCACCACAAGCUGUGACUUCUCCUUCAGCUAGUUCUCCUGCGUUGUUUCUUAUCACCUUCCUUGUUCUCUAUCAUCUCCAGCUGGAACUACAACCAUCAUCACUUGAUUCUUGUUACACUCACCAAAAGUUAUCUCGUGUAUACAGCAAGGAGAAAUGAAAUCAAGAGCCGUUUUUGUCCUAAGGGCGACACUUAAAAAAACUAAAACAUAUUAUAAUGUCUUUCCAAUAAUAAAAGUUUACCCUCCUCACGUUUUCUGUGACGGGGCUAGUCGAGGUCAGCGUAGCGUCUCUUCCUACCUAAGUGUUGGGUGUCAUAAAUAUGUGGGUUCAGGUAUAUUAGCCUUGGUAACCUCCACUAAAAAGUGUUAUACAUGCAUGUUCUUGGUUGUAUAUCGGUUGUGAGCUGUACUAACGGUGUGGGUAUUCGUCAUUGGCCGAUCCCCUCCUCCAGCCACUUGAAUUAGCCAAUCACAAUACCCAUACUUCAAAGCCAGGAUCUGAUUGGGUAUACUCCAGCCACAUACCCUAAUUAGGCCCUGGCUUGACAUAUCUACCUGUAUCUUUUGAAAGUGAACAGAGUUUUAAAAACAGAGUGAAUUAUCGAAUCAUAUGGUAUAUAUACAUAAUAAAGUGUCUAUGUGUAA